GGUGUUUGCGACUGUGCGUUGCGUUGUGGUGUAUGAUUCGCCAAUUUUCCUCUAUCCGGGAACGUGGGCUUACGAGGAACCGUUCAAGAAGAUCCCCCGAAAGCUGUACGGCGACGAGGCGAGCUCUACCAACACAACACGCUAGAAGCCCAGCCGGCACCGGGUGCCCCGAUUGCGCCGCCGGACGGUGUCGAGCGCGCUCGUUCACAACUUUCGGGGCAGGAAUUCAACCCUUCGGAUCAUUAUCCUCUGCCUCACAAUACCUGCAGCAGCAACAGGACCGAACAGACCGCACUACUGAUUGUGGUCAAAUUUCCUGGCAGGAGAAAAAAUCCCACAAGUGUAUCGAACAGGCUGCUGAUGAAUCUCGAAAAGGCGACAAACAUUCAUCCCCAGCGGCCUAAGAUGUUCUUAGUGUUCAGUGGUGUGCGCGACCGUCAAAGU